UGAUAUUUCAUUAUCUUGUGGGAUUCUUAACGUACACAUAUAUAUGUAUAUAUAUAUAUAUUAUAUCUUUUUUUUAAACGUCUACUUACACAACAUUUACAGACUCAUUCAAUUACACUUACAUCGCACAUUUAAAUGAGAACGCAAAUUUAAUAGACCUGUUGCGUACAUGUGUGACGGACAUCUAACAUUGACUAAGAAGUUUCCUGGUAUUGCGUUAGCAAUCAAUGGGUGCCUCCAUCCAUCAAUAGCCGCCAAAGAUCGCCGAUGGCCAAGCCGGAGUCGUGGAAGCGACCGGGACCCAAUGGAUAUGCACACAUACACGUACACUCGCGACCCACCGCAUCCGCCCUAAGCGCCCUUCUUUGAAAUUUAGACCCGCAAAACAGCGCCCAAAUCGUCGACGAGCUUGCUACGACCACCGAAGCAGCCAUGCACUUCCUGGAGAUGAACGGGCUUACGGUGAAUCGGUGACACAACUUCCACAUCCGCCGUCAGAAACCACCACCGAAUUUAUGUUGUAUGCGCCGAUAGUAGGUAGAGCUGGUAAACAAUUUGGGGGAGAAGAGAAAAAUCAGGUUUGUUUUGCCUGCCGAGCGGCGGGAAGCGCGCGCAAUUGCGAAUGUGUGUGCGACUAAAGGGUGGAUUUGAUCUUUUCGAUCCAGUUUCUCCAUUGCGAUUCUUGGUCCAGUGUCAUCCCCCUUCUAAUCAAUAAUGUUUCAUUUCGCUUGCUGACAUGGACGAAAGCGCACCUCUGAACAUGGAGAAAGAUGGUCAGGGGGAGUCCGUAGAUGAACUACGGCAAAGGUUGAACCACAUGAAGAGGAUGAUGGCUGAGCGUCAAGCCAACGGAAUGGGGAUGGAGGAUGAUGGUAGGAUGAAGGCCAGGAACGGGAACAUCAUCGAUGGAAGCUUCCUCAGCUUCGUAUUCGCUGUGGCCUUGAUCGUCAUCCUAUCGGUCAGCGUAUACGCGUUCUACCACCUGUACCACGCGAUCCUCAAAAAGUUCCCGUCGCACCACACGGAAUUGUAAUGUAGGCAACACAAAUUCCACCCUAUUAUCAAUCAUUGCGUAUAUGCAAGUCUAACAAAUUUACUGUUACUACGUCAAGUGCUCAAAUACUUAACAAUAAAAAUUACAACAUUGUACUGCACUUCAUGAUCGGAAACGAUCUGGAGCUAAUAAAUAAUAUGUAUUCAAUAUAAGCGAUUU